AUGAAUGCUUCUUCAUCAAUGCAGAAGAGAGGAAAAAUGCAAAGAGUGAAAGCCUAUCCUCAGCCUUUUGACUUAAUCUUCCAAGUUGUUUGUAGCAAGGACACUUUUGACACAGAGUUCAUGGCGGCAAAAAAGAUUAUUGAGUCGUUUCGCCAAAAAAGGGAAGACUUUGAAAUCGAUGCUGUAAGUUCGUCGGGAAUGACUGCCCUUACCCAGUGCGUUCUGGAUGGCAACUUGAAGAGCGUCAAAGCCUUGGUUGCUCUCGGAGCCAGUGUGAACAAGAAAGAUGGUCAAGGCUAUACACCAUUGCACUACGCUGCAAGCGAAGGCUACAUCAAGAUUGUUAAGUUCUUGCUAAGGUGCAACGCUGAUGUGCGAGCUGUUAAUCGUGACCAGGAGAAGCCAAUGGAUAUUGCGGACGGGGAAGAUGUGCGUAAACUUUUGUCUCGGGUUGCUUUAGUCUAUUCACCUGUUAGCAGGUCACCGACACGCCGAAUUAGCUCACCUGGUUGGUUAUAA